GGUGAGGAGGCGUGGCCGGCCGAGGAAGCCGGGGGCCAGCGGCCGCCGGGCGUCGGGGUCCUGGGCCCGGGGAGAGCGAAGGGGUCGGGCGGGCCCCGGAGGCCAUUGCAGUUGGUGAUGUUCUCUCCUCUUUGAAGGAGUUCUUUGAAGAAAAAUGUGCUCCUUGAAUCAACUGCAGUCUCUCCACUACAUAAGAACUCUUAAGGGUACUAGCAGAAUAGAAGCAAAUGAAACUGAAAGCUCAUCUGCAGCUCAGAAAAACAAAGACAUGGAAUUUUAAAGAGUGAAGGUAGCCUGGUGUCGGCCAUGGGUGAUCAAGACACAGCCAGACAAUGUGGACCAAUUUCUUCAAACUACGGCUUUUCUGCUGUCUGCUUGCAGUGUUGAUGGUGGUGGUGCUGGUCAUCAAUAUUACUCAGGUAGAGUACUUGGACCAUGAGACUGUUUCAGCCACAUUCAUCGACAGCAGUGGGCAGUUUGUUUCCUCCCAGGUGACGAGAAUUAGCCGGAAUCCCUACUGUGGCUAUGAUCAGCAGACCCUGUCCAGCCAGGAGCGCAUGGAGGAGGACUCCUUGCUGGCGGCCUUGCACGGGCAGGUUCCAGAUGUGGGCCCAGUCCCCUUUGUGAAGAGCACUGACCCUUCUUCCAGCUACUUUGUUAUCUUGAACUCUGCUGCCUUCUUUAAGGUGGGAAGCCAGCUGGAGGUACUGGUUCAUGUACAGGAUUUUCAAAGAAAGCCCAAGAAGUAUGGUGGAGACUACCUGCAGGCCAGAAUUCACUCCCCCAAGCUGCAGGCCGGGGCUGUGGGCAGGGUGGUGGACUACCAGAAUGGGUUUUACAAAGUUUUCUUUACUUUGCUAUGGCCAGGCAAAGUUAAAGUGUCCGUAUCUCUGGUCCACCCCAGUGAAGGGAUCAGAGUUCUUCAGCACUUACAGGAAGAUAAACCAGACAGGGUCUAUUUCAAGAGUCUCUUCCGUUCAGGAAGAAUUUCUGAAACUACUGAGUGCAACGUGUGUCUUCCUGGGAAUCUGCCCCUGUGUAACUUUACAGACCUCUACACUGGGGAGCCCUGGUUCUGCUUCAAACCAAAGAAGCUCCCUUGCAGUAGCAGAAUUACCCAUUUCAAAGGUGGAUACCUGAAGGGUCUCCUAACUGCUGCAGAGAGUGCAUUCUUCCAGAGUGGUGUCAAUAUCAAAAUGCCAAUCAACUCCAGUGGACCUGAUUGGGUAACUGUGAUUCCCAGGAGAAUAAAAGAGACUAAUAAUCUAGAACUAUCUCAAAGCUCAGGAACUUUUCCUUCUGGGUAUUAUUAUAAAGACCAGUGGAGGCCCAGAAAGUUUAAGAUGCGUCAGUUUAAUGACCCUGACAACAUUACAGAGUGCUUACAAAGAAAAGUGGUGCAUUUAUUUGGGGACUCAACAAUCAGGCAAUGGUUUGAAUACCUUACUACGUUUGUUCCAGAUUUAGUGGAGUUUAACUUGGGUAGUCCCAAGAACGUGGGCCCCUUCCUUGCAGUGGACCAGAAGCACAACAUCCUGCUCAGAUACCGCUGCCACGGCCCGCCCAUCCGCUUCACCACCGUCUUCAGCAGUGAGCUCCGCUACGUGGCGAAUGAGCUGAACGGCAUCGUGGGAGGGAAGAACACGGUGGUCGCCAUAGCCGUGUGGUCUCACUUCAGCACCUUCCCCUUGGACGUGUACAUCCGGCGGCUCAGGAACAUCCGUCGAGCGGUGGUUCGGCUCCUCGAUCGGAGCCCGAAGACGGUGGUGGUCAUCCGGACGGCCAAUGCCCAAGAGCUGGGGCCUGAGGUGAGCCUUUUCAACAGCGACUGGUACAACUUUCAGCUGGACACCAUUCUUCGGAGGAUGUUCUCAGGGGUCGGAGUAUAUCUUGUGGAUGCCUGGGAGAUGACCCUGGCCCAUUACCUCCCACACAAGCUGCACCCUGAUGAAGUUAUCGUGAAGAACCAGCUGGACAUGUUCUUGUCCUUUGUGUGCCCCUUCGAGACCUAGCCUGUCCUGGAAGGGACUGGAGGAAUCAUAUUCAGUGACCUUCUCAAUUGACCUGAGCUACAGAAAGUGGCCCCAGUGAGAGACGACUGCCGUGAAUAAGUAUAACAUUUCAAAAGAGCAGGACUUUAUAUGAGGAGCUUAGAAAAUGCAGGUCACAUUUAUAUCUACCUAUAGGAUUUUAUCCAAUCUUGACUUAGCCGUGGUAGAACUCUUAUUAACAGCAUCUGUACACUGUAUUGCUCUUGUAACCAAAGAUGCUAAUGAGUGUAUUUGAAUUAGCUUCUUCUGGGAGGGGCGAUUACUUUGCUAAAGACUAUGAAACGUGUUCUGAUGGAAGGGACAAUGGCAGAGUGUUUGUAGCUUAUCUGGUAAAGGGAAUCGAGUGCAUCUGCAUGAGUAGCACAAGCAGUCCGUCUUCUGGGGGUCAGUCGGAGGAAGCUUGCGGUCAGAGGCUUUUGCACUGAAGACUGCUGCAUCUCAGGAGUUUCUCUUGAUGAUCUACCUUUUCUGAAUUACUUGAAAAGGCCAGUGUACUUGGUUCGAAUUUUAUAGUGAGAAUAUUUGCAAUUUCCUGCUUUUAUCUAGAAAAGAAGCAAAAGGGAAAUAAGCAGUAUGUAUAAAAUCUGUGUUUGGAAUUAAUAUUUGCAUUUGGUGAUUGUUUUUUAUUUGAUCCAGCUAAAUUUUAUGUGUUGAAUACUUACUCUAGAAUAAUUACUUUUGGAACUGGAAGGGGAAAUCUGUAAACAGAAAUUUAUUUUUAUGUUCUGAAAUUUGAGGGUUUUAAGAAUUGACUUUUAUGUAAUGAAUGCUAUUGUAUUAUAAAGCUGUGAAAGUUUUUCCC